AUGAACUCAAAAGCAAGAGCAAAACAAGAAAAGGAAAGCAACCACAAUAUCCCUCCAGCUUGUCAUAGGUGGGAAAGGAAAACAAAUGAUACCUCCUGGGGGACACCAUCAAAAGGCAAAGAAUUGAAAAUGAAAUCGUGGUCAUCUUAUAUAGUGGAAUCUUCUAAACUUCACGAAGGAAUAGUAAAUAAAUUUAGAAGAAAAAUUUACGCAACAUUGAAACUGAAAGGAAAACAAAUGUAUGAACCCAACAUCCUUAAAGUAUCUGAAGUUAAAGCCAAAGCCUUUCAUUUUCCAAGUGUCGGGAGCAGUUUGCCAGGAGGAAGUCUAUUUGAAGUUAUAAAAAGAUUUGCACCUCAAGCAUCCUUACAUAACCAAAGAAAGAAACGAUCAGCGCAUAAUGAAACUGUUGUGAUCUCCAUAGACUUUUUGAACCAUUUAACCUAUGCUUUGAUAGCCGGUGUUGUUAUUGUUGGAAUUGUCUUCUUUGCCUUGGCAUUAACGAUGUUGAUUCUGCUUUAUAAACAAAGAGAACUCUUUCAGCUCCCUAGUGGCAGACUUAAAAGAGAAAAAUUAAUGAAGAAGUCAUCAGAUUCAAAGAUUGAGCCUUACUUUCAAUAUGUUUCUCUUUCUCAGUGUUUUCAUAAUCCAACACUCCAGGACCCAAGUGAAAAAUCACCAGCACUGACAAGAGCUAUUAAAGCUCCUACCACAGAUGAGUUAUGUUCCGAAACAGAAAGGAUCAUCUGUGACACCUCAAAUUCAGAGACCGGCUCUACUCUAGGAAAAAGAAGCUUGACCAUAAGCUCAGCAUCAUCCUCACAGAUUUCGUGGUAUAGCCAGAGUAUAGAAAUAACUAGUGAUUGGUUUUCAGAUGACUCACGGUCACCCAAUUUUCCAGUGUCCCUUUCAGAAGACACACUCAUGGAGAAAGUGAAACUGUACCUGGCAAGCAUUAAUUUCGAAGAACAUACCGGCAGACCUCCGAGUGCCAGUCAAACCUCGCCGUAGCGUGGUGCGUGCCAAGAGGAAAGCCUUAAUGAAAGAUUUGCACAAACCAAAACAAGGAUUUCAGAGUCAGCCCUUUUGAAAGUUGGACUGACAAAUUUCCUGCUUCUAAAACCUCACCUCCAGCGACAUCUGCCAAAGAUCGACGCCACCAUUACCAGUACCUUGGUGGGCCUGGAUUCAGACCCUGCUCCUCCGAUUCUUGGGCUCAGAUUAGUCACACUGACCAGAGUGGUCACGUCUUCCAUGGGCAUGGGACGGACAACUCCUUUCCAUUUCUCUUGUGAGGGAAGACAGUGAACGGGAAGGAAGCUAAGCUACCCAGUAGCAAAACUGAUCACUCUAAGUAGUCUGCAGCACAGAUUUCACUCGCCAGCAUUUCGGGUCCUUCCGUUUUUAUUUUUGCAGUUUAAUUUCUCAGCAGGAGUGCUUGCGUCAGCCUCUUCUUUUCUCGGAACAUGUGGUAACUUAACCUGUCAAUGACGAGACCCCGAGUCCAGUCGUUCCUUGCCUUUGGCCAACAAGGUUAUAACUGUUGCUGUUUGACCGUCUUGGGCCGAAACAAGAGGUUUUCAAAUGUGGGGUGACGGACGUAGAGGUCUGUAAAGAAAGAGCGUCAUUAUAAUAUACAAUGAGGCAGUA